AUGCAGACUGCUUCUUUAAACAUUUGUGAAAGACUGUGCAAUAAGUCCAUCCGUGAAAUUUCCUUGCUACUAAAUAUUCCAUGGUCAACUGUUAGUGGUAUUAUAAUAAAGUGGAAGCAACUGAGAACAACAGCAACUCAGCAGCCAAGUGGUAGGUCACGUAAAAUGACAGAGCGGGGUCAGCGCAUGCUGAAGCACACAGUGCGCAGAAGUCGCCAACUAUCUGUAGAGUCAAUCACUAAAGACCUCUAAACUUUGUGUGGCCUUCAGAUUAGCACAACAGUGCAUAGAGAGCUUCAUGGAAUGGGUUUCUAUGGCUAAGCAGCUGCAUCCAAGCCUUACAUUAUCAAGUGCAAUGCAAAGCGUCGGAUACAGUGGUGUAAAGCAUGCCGCAACUGGACUCUAG